CCUCAUUGUUCCCUCCAUUGGAAGCUUCUUGACGGUAUGGAUAGAUUUAUAUCAUGGGCCUCUUGCGACGGCUCACCUUUCACCUCUCUGCCUAGCGAAAGGGGGGACUGGCAAGUUGGUGGCUGUCCCAUGCAAUCCGGCUAGUCGCGCAGUUGGCGGAAACCGGCGACCGUAACAAUCUUCACGCCUUCAAUCUCGGGACCUCUCUUACGGUGCAGUUUUCUCGUCCUCAGUCAGGCUGCAACCACUACCUAUCCCGGUCAUCUCCAUCAAUUGGCAUAUAACAGAGGGGGAGAGAUAAUUCAUGGCUUAAUCAUUUUGGAGAACCCCCUGCAGUCGCCGCUUCUUCCCUUCUCCCCUACCUCCAAACCGCACCUGCGGAAUCACGCCCACAAAGAAAACAACACUGCAUCAUCGCAACAGCACAUAGAACGUCAGACCCAAUCAUGACAGAACCGCCUGUGAAGCGCGCUCGCCGAGUUGAUAGUUCAGCAAUGUGGGAUCAAGAUGACCGGAGGACACGUUCACCCGAACUAGAAUCAGACCGUGCUAGAAGCCCCCGGCGGGAGCAGUACGCGAAGGAUGACGUGCGACGUGAUGGGCCUCGUGACGAUCGGAGGUAUCGUUCUCGCUCUAAAGACCGGAGGGAUAGGCGACGAGAUAGGAGCUGGUCAAGAGAUCGUCGUGACCGCGAUCGCGAUCGCCGAGACAGAGAUAGAGACGGACGGGGAACGAGGGAGAGAAGUAUCAGCCGGGAGAGGCACUACGAUAGACGCGGCUAUCCUCCGAAAGGGGAUAGGUACAGGUCGCGGUCGCCUAUUCGGAACGGUAACAGGGACCGGUCGCGGACGCCACCUCGUGCCCCCCGGGGUGAGCGCAGAAACGAUCGCCGAGAUCAAAGAGCCCCGACUAAUGGUGCUGCUGAUACGAAACCGGUAGCGAAGCGCUCCAAGGAUGAGAUGGAUAUUGAUAGCGAUGGACCUGUCGGGGAAGACGAUUUUGAGGAGAUGAUGCGCCGCAGCAUGGGUUUCACCAAGUUCAGGAGCACGAAGAACACCAAGGUUCCCGGGAACAACGUCUAUGGCGUCCGCAAGGAAAAGAAGACGGAGUACAGACAGUACAUGAACCGUGUAGGAGGAUUCAACCGGCCGCUCAGUCCCUCGAGGUCAUAAAGCUAUUUGCUUCCUUGACUACCUUGACGAUAUCAUCAGCUGCCAUCUUCUACUCUACUUUCGACCUUCUACUUCUGCCUGGGUUUACAUUCGUCAUUUGUUCUGUCGGGGCGGUAUCAAUUUUCAUGCAUGGCUGGAGUAAAAUUUAUGGUGGGCUUUCUUUUCUGUGCCUCUCGACUUUUCAAGCAAAUAAGAUACCUUAUAAAGCCUGUCUAUAUCCUUACAGUGGUUCUUUCAUAGUCGCUAAAAUCAGGCAGAUGUAAUAC